AGUAGUGAAGUAGUGGGGGUGGGGAAGGUAAACAAAUGUUCGCAGUUCACAGCGUUGGUAGCAAAUUCACAUAGAUGAAGUAUUAUUGCUUCCACAGGCAGCGGCCAGCGUGGGACGCAAAAUGAAUGAUAAAACAGAUAACCUUCUGAAUGGUGGCCAGGAUCUUGAAAACCUGGUUCUUGGUGAGGAACCAGAUACACGACUGGAACAAGGAACACUGAGCUUUAGUGAGACCCCAGGGGCACAUAGUGAAGCCAGUGCCCAUAUAAAGUCGUGGUCCAAGGUGAAACGAGGUGUUAUUAGCAGUCACAAUUCAACAGAGGAAAAUGAAGUGGAUGAUGCAGCCAUUUUUGCAGAGCCUGUUCUCAAGUUUGAAAUAGUGUCUGCGAGGACAGUAGAAAAAGAAAAUGAAAAGAAACAUGUGGCAUACACAUUAAUGAUUCGUAAGGACGGUGUACAACCUGAUCCAAACCCCGCUGUCAUCGAGCGACGUUACACAGAUUUCCUUGAACUUUAUGAUGGAUUGCGGCGAAACUUUCCAGCGUUAAUGACAGGCAUCGCUUUCCCCAGAAAGGUCUUGACAGGAAAUUUGAAUCCUAGUCUCAUAUCUGCCCGAAGUUCAGGAUUUGAGGCUUUACUGGAACAUAUAGGUCGUGAAACACAGCUGAGAGAGUCUGCUGCCCUCAUGAACUUCUUACAGAAUAGGGAAGAGGCAGAAGCUCGGCAUUGGAUGCAAGCUCAGCAGUAUGACCAAGCUGUCCCCCUUCUUGAAAACAUCUUCAGAUUGCUCAAUAAAUUGUACACUGACAGGCAUCCAGCAGUCCUGUUGGCACUGUGUCGUCUUGUAGCAUGCAGCCAUGCAGCAGGAGAGUCUGCACGCCCUGAACGUUUUGCUGAUUUAGCUUUGCAUCGCUAUGAAGCUGUAAGUGAUAUUGAUUUGUUGCGUUUUUAUGUACCACUGCUACAACUUUGUGUUCGGCUGUGGUGGGCACUUGGACGUGACAAAAGACCCCUGGAAGCAAGGUUAGACGACCUCCGUCGCCGUGGUAUAAAAGUUGAUGGAUGUCCAUCUCUUUUAGAUGCUAUUACAGAGUUUGACAGCAAAAAGUAACUAGCCUGUGCACUCUUACUUUCCUCAUUUCAGAAUACUUUUAUCCCUAAUGUGGUAAUUAUGUUUGCUCUUUUUUUCCAAUUCAGAUCCGAUUUUAUCAAGCAACACUUUUUUCUUUUAAAACUUAUUUUUUAUAUUAGUUUUAGGAUAUAUUGCAAUUUUAGAUAGGAGAUUGGUGUACUGAAACACCAAUAAAAUGUUAUUUGCUGAUAGAAACUAAAAUAUGUUACCAGUUUCAUAGGUAUUAUUCAGAUACUCAUUCAUUCCUGGAAACACUACAAAUGUGUGUCAAUAAUGGAAUGUAGUUCAUAAGUUUUUAUUGGCAGCAUUUUUGUAAUGACAUCCAGGCAUUUGUUGAUCAUUUUAAAAAAUAAUUUUAGGUGAAAAUCAGGAAGAGUUACCCAAGAGUAUGUAAUUGGGUUUAAGUAGUUUUAUGUAAACUUGUUUUAUUUUUUGCCUCCCAGUAUUUUGAAUCUCAAUCAUAUUCUCACUUCUUUCUUGCCAUAAGGGUUGAAGAUAAAACUAUUCCAUCUGCAUAAAAAAUUGUUGCCUUUCAUGCUGGAUACUCUCUUAAGUUUAAUCAUUAAAUUCUUCAUGUACUGGUCAUGAUCGUGCAUCUCAUUCUUCUGUUCUGUACUAUCUGAUGCCGAUUCUGUUGCGUAAAGCACUCAUUUUAGUAAUAGAAACGAUUUCUUUAUAUAAGCAAAAUAUUCACUUGGAAAAGAUCAAUUGUACUAUUGUAUGUUUUAACAUUUUAUUCUGUUAUCCUUUUGUUUGCACCACUUUUUACAAAGUUCCAUUUUCAUUCAUUAUCGUACAUAUGAAUAACGACCUUAUAGCGCUUGUUUGUAUUGUUCUGACUGACUGUUAGAUGUAAUUACAUGCUUUAUUUAUUUUUAUAAUUGAUAAAUAGUGUCAGUUGUUAAGCAAAAGUAAUGUUGUUUUGCUACCAUACUUAUUUUAAACCAGUAUUGUGAAAUGGCUGUAGUUCUUGUACUCAGUAUAGAUAUCCUAAACAAUAUGAAGAGUUGCAUACUUUUUAGUUUUUUUAAGAUAUGUAAUAUCAUUGAGUUCUGACUUACAUAUAGUAUGCAGUCUUUUUUGUCAGGUAGCAGCUACAAUCUACCAUAUGUAGGGUGAUAUGUUUUGUUACAGCAUUAUUAUUCCUGUUGGCAGUAGUGAUUGAAAAUGAAAUUAUUGUUAUCAUAACAUUUCCAUGAAACCGUCUGCUUGACAAAAUUAAUAAUUGUGAUAACAAAUCAUUUUGCUCACUUGUUAUGAAUCUCUUAAGACUGUCUAGUCCUUACUCUUGUUGGGAUCUAAAAAGAUAUGAUAUUAUGCAGAUACUGCAAAUAGUGACUGUCAAGAUAUAGCUAAGUACCUGGCAAAUCUGAGACUAUGAAGAAAAUAGCUUCCUGGAAUCUAAUUCUACUUUGAAAAAAGUACAGAAUACGCAGAAUAGCAACAGGUUGUGUGGUAUUCGUAUCCUAGAACUACUUUUCUGCUUUUCUGUGUUACCUGUAGAAAUGUCUUUGUAUUUCUUUGUAUUUUUUUCACCACAAGGUAUUUCUUUAUUUGUCUCAUGUAAAUAUUUUGUUACUGUUAACAGCUAAUAAUUGAUUGAGAGCAGCUUUUAACCUACCCUGUUCCCUAGAAGGCACAAUGUCAAUCUUUUUCUGAGAAUUUUACAGAUCUGAAGUAGACUAGAAAUGGAAAUGUGGAAUAUGUCUCUUAUUUGUGCUUUGAUUUCUGUAAAGGACCUUUUGUGGUAAACAUUUUGGUAUGUGAACCACAAAUUGGCUCAUAUGCUAUCAUUUUCAUCAUGGCUGGACAUUUAAAUGUGAAGUCGUAGAAGAAUUCAGUCACAUUGUAUAGUCUUCCUCUGUGUUCGAAGUGUGAAUGUCAUAUUGAUUGUUCACUGCCUCAUGUUAGUUAAAGUACUUAAUAUUGUUAAAAGUUACAAAUUACAGCAGUGCAAUAUUAUAUAUUACCAGUGUACUCACUGCAUACAACUGGUUAUGGGGGAGAGGGGAGGGGGCAUUGAGUGACUGCUAGGCACUUGAUUGCAGAGACUGGCAAGAAGAAAUUUUUCCCAUCUAUUUUUGCAAUUAACUACCCAGAAUGUCAUUCUGGUGAUAUUCAGGGAGUUUGACACUAAUGCUGUCAACAAAAUAAAUAUACUGAAUUUUGUUACUUUAACUUGCAUAAAACCAGCCAAAUUAAGUGUGAAAUUUGUAACUGUAUUAUUACAAUACAGAGUAUUGCUCAAAGCUAGUUACUCAAGGACAGAUUGAGCUGAAUGCAGCUCAUUUUAUCAAUAUGGUAACAAACUUGGUCAUUCAUGCAAACAAAAUUUUUGGUUGCACAUGUGAAAAUGGUAGAUUGCUAAACUUCAGUAUUAAUGUCAGAAGUACCUGCUUAUUCUAAUUGAGUAGCUGUUCUUAAAUAAAAAUUAGCAAGGUACCAGAUUUCACAGUUAAAUGAAUUGCUUGCAUUCUUAAUUUCUUUCUUUUUGUUUUAAAAAUGUAGAAAACUGCUUUUAUAGAAAUGCUCGACAGACAUUAGUGUGAAUAAUGGUAUUGUUUUAGGAGCUACAACCAAAGCAAAUCAUUUAGUUAAUUUCACAGUUACCUUAGACUUUAUCUGAAUGCUUCAGUUAACACAUCAGUUGUCAUUGUACAAAAUUUCUAAGAUGAAUAGGUCAAGAUUUUUGUAUUAAUAGAAAGCUUUUUUGUUGACUCAUAAAGUAUUUACCAAGAGAAGUAUUUUUGUGAACAUGAGGUAGCACUGUAGCAAAAGAAACAUAAUGAAGCAAAUGGUUGCAAUUUGUGUACUUGCUUUUGUGUGAGGUAAACAAUAUUUAUCUAAAGCCUAACUAAAUGUACUCAGUGAAACUGUUUAAUUUUAUGUUAAUGUUUAUAUAUUGUCAUGUUCAAUUUCUUCUCUGUAGCACUACCCACCAAAGCCUCCUUCUGUUCAUCACAUUGACUGCCAUAUGCUUAGUGAUGGAUGUUUCAUGGUCAUGCCAGGUGAGGCACACAUUACGGCGUGAAGCUCUGCUUUUGCUGCCGGUGGCUACAUGCUAUCAGGCAUGCAUUUCUGCCAUGGCCACCGGUGACCACACAGCAGUCAAUGUGUUAAUUACAUGUGUUAUUUGUCAAGUAAUAGACAUACAUGAAGUAUUUAAAGAGAAAAGGCAGCUGCUAAGAUUAAAAAACACUACCAGGCACUCAUAAAUGAUCAAGAAUUUGUUACACCAACUCAGUUUGUAAUAGUUGUUACAUUUCACAAUUGUUCCACUGCUUUUCUAUGAAAUUAAAUAGGCUUUCUGUCGAGAAGAAAAAUGGAAUUCAGAAAGCUAUACAGCAGCAAAUAAUUUUGUACUGAAUAAUGGGAAAGCAAUUAUCAGUAUAUUUUGGAUGCCUGAGUGGCACACAUUCAGUUCUGAGUUUAACAUGAGCAAAGGAAAUUGGGGAAUAAUUAUGAUAAGUUAGCAUACUUUGUAUCUCAGACUGAAUGAAUUCUGAUGAAUAAGUUACCAUACCACAUACAAAGGAACCUGAUAAUAGCUGAAUAAUGUAUACAGUGUAUAAAUUUAUGUCCAAAGUCAGGUAUCAUAGGCAUCUCAUUCUAUAGUUUGUAACUAGAGGCCUGCACAGAUAAGAAAAAUGUUAGCCACAUUGCAUCCACAAGUUCCUUACCUGCAUUUGCAAGUCUUACCUGCAAUUGCAGCUAUUAAAAUAUUAUAAACCACUUUAAUCUAUUUGGUACAUUGAAGCUGGACCUCAUAAUUCACAUUUUAUUUACUAAGAAUGUAGUGGCCACUCGUGACAUAGUCAUAUAAGAAUCUUUAUACAUUCCCCAAGUUACCACUGUCAACUGUUUUUACAGAAAUUGAUUUUGCAAAACAUUCAGCAAAAGAUUCCUUCAACAUUGGGAAGUCUAGUAAAGUUGUGUUAAGAGUUGUCGUCACUUCUUGCAUAAUAUUUAGUGUUAGCCAUAUAGCCUAUUUAUCAAAUGUUAAUAUACAUAGUUUUGUGUACCUGUAAAUAUUUUAGAAAUAAACAUUGAUUUUAAACCAAAUGUUACUUAUCUCAAAUGGGUAAAUAAUA